UUAUAAACAUUGGUUACAAAACGAAUCGCUACAAUACAUUCACUUAACAAGAGUGCUAAGUUUUAAAUGAUAUAGAUUUUGUUCUAGUGUAAUACUAAUUAUCAUUUGUGUCAUCAAUUCACCGCAGUGUCGAAACCAUGUUAUUCACCGCCCGGCCUUUAGACGGUAUGGCGACAUCGUCUAUGCCUAUGCAGCCCAUAUCAAGGCUUUUCCCGCAAUGGAGCAGAACCGCAAUUUUAACUUACGGAGGAGGAGAGGAUGAAGUAAUUCAGGUGAAGAAAUCGCCAGCUGAGCCGAGCAGCAGUGGUUUCGUAUUGGCCGGCGAUGCCGCCGCGAGAGUCGCGCAUUUGGAGCACAGCGUGCGUUUUCUUCAGGAACAGCAUAGGCUGAUGCUUAGUGGACUUCAUACGGAGAUUGAAGCACUCAGGGAGAGGAACAGGGAUCUCCAAUUCCAAUUGAUCUUCAAUAAGGAAUCCUCUUUGAAGGCAACACCGCCCGCUGCGGCUGAAAAUGGCGAGAACGCUGAGGAGGCAAAACUAAAGGCCGAGGUGUCCCGUCUUGAGCGCGAGGCAGCGGCAGCGCGGGGCGAGGCGCGAGCUGCCGAGGCGCGCGCAUUGCAGUUGCAGAGGCUGGUUGAUGCCCAGACUGAGAAACUAAAGUCUCUUUCCCUCGGCCCGUGCGCUUGCGAGGCAUCAGAAUCGCGCGCGGAGCUGCGCGCGCGGCUCAGCGACGCCGAGCGCCUCGUGCGCCGGCUGCGGGGCGACGCCGAGCGCCAGCGGAGAGAGGUACACACGGGCGGCUCCGUCACUAACCUACUGUUCGACGGAGCGCAGCACCUGCAAUGCAUGAAGAAUUCACUGCAUGCAUCUCUCCGAGCGUCGGGACUGGACGGCACCUACGGCUUCCACAACAGUUACUUCCCGCCUGUGAACGCGCCGGAAUUCUGGAGGGAACCCAGCAGAGAAGAGUACGCCAACUCGAUGAUAGCACGCCAGCAACGCAACUCGCGGCGCCCCCUGACUUUACCCGAGUUAUCCGGCCAGCAAAUACAUCGUUCAACUGUUUAUGCUAAUCCGAUGGUUGCAGAACACACACGGCCUCGGAAUGGGUACGAGAAGAAGAAGCAGGGCGUCAACGGGGACGCCGCCUGCAACUCACCGGACGAACCUCCAGACAAGCACCGUUUAGUUCCGAUACGCACGAACGAUACGAAAUCCUGUUUACCGAAAUUGGACUCUAGCAAUAGAUAUCCAGAGUUGAAAAUCGUUGUUACAAAAAUGAUGCCACAAGUACUUGCGGUAUCCGGCCCCGGCGCGCCGGCCGCCGCGCCGCCCGGCGCGCCCGCGCAGCGCCCGCGGCAGCGGCGCGCGCACCGCAAGCACGCACAGACCGACCACACGUAAUGUGCACAAGCAAACACAAGGACACUAUAUAGGAUCCUUCGAUAUUUUAAGUGAAAGGCUCGCUAAGUGGAUGGAUAAUGUUUUAGCUAGCACCGGUUUAGUAAAAUCGUGGGCGGUUUUGCUCUGGUAAAUUCGGAAUUCACAUAAAAAUCCAUUACCUUCAUACCAUUCUGUAAAAGUUCGGUUAUGCAAGGUAGUGAAACUGAAAGUGUGUUAUGUAUUCUGUGCAUAUUCACAUUUAAGGAUUUAUUGUGUCUAGUGAUAUUAUUAAUCCACUAAGCUGCUCAAAGACUGUAAAAUUAUCAAAGGCGAACCUUUACCUGUUACGACUAAGGCCCCGAUAAGAGAUAUUUUCCGCAAUGUAAAAUACCCAUUGCAUUCUGUGUAUUGGAAUACAUAAGAGUUAAAAAGGUUUAAGAUCCGCAAUGUAAAAUACCCAUUGCAUUCUGUGUAUUGGAAUACAUAAGAGUUAAAUGGGUGGAUAUUGUGCGAUAAACCGUGUUUGUCUACGGGCUAAACAUUUUGAAUAAUACCUACUCGUACGCAUUAUUGGCCGCGCACCGACGACUAGCCAGGAUUGACGCACGAUGCCAUCUAGGAGGAAAACAACUAACUAGAAAGUUAUAACUAAAUGAAUAUUCCGGAGAACUAUAGCGCGCUAAGCUGAAAAGCGUAUUUGUAAGUGAAAAGAUAAAGUAAUUUAUAUUAAAAAAAAGAUCUUGGGUAAUACGGGGUGAAUGGGGCAGUAAAUAGGAGGAUAAUUUAGGCUAAACAAGAGUCGACGUAUAUCGAAAUUGCCGAAAGUCCUCGUGCAUAGUGUUUUUGAAGUAUUGAAGUAACUUAAGUUCCGUUACGAGUUUACGAGGACUUAGCAAGAUUUAUAUGCGUUUAUACAGUAAUGUUUCUCACAAAUAUAUGCUAGUUGCACUAACAAGUAAAUUAUAGCAACCCUCUACCCCCCAUCCGGAUUGCCUUGUCUGAUCUUAGUGACCUUGUUUUUAUUUUGAACCAUAAAAGUCAUUAUAGGACUUAAAGAUUGAACGCUAUCUGCAAUACGUCUAUGUCAAUUGCCCAUCCUUAAUUACUGAGGUGCCAAGAUUUUAGACAUAAUCAUAAUACAAUAACAAAUAGGGCAUAUGAGUACCAUACUAUAAAAGCUUGAAAUGGUCAGCGUAGCGUCAUCUUGUAGGGAUAUUAAAAUCUUAGCGUGUUUAGAUCUCAAGGUUGCCAGGAUUAAAUAGUUGUAGCGACUUCGUUUGGAAUCUAGUCGUUGUCCAAACGGAUUUGAUGAGAUUAUUUGGUCGCAAUCAGUGUCGCAGUCGUCCGUGUGCCACAGCCCUAGGUCGCAGCCCUCACAAGUGUAUCAAUAUAUAAAUAAUGCAAUAAUUUCAUUCAAUUAUGUUUUUAUUGUACAGUCAGCGUCAAAUACUUUGUAGCAACCAAAGUAGUCAAAUAGUUCGGUACACAAUAUAUUUAGUAUGGUGUACCGAACUAUUUGGUCACUUUGACUGCUAUAAAGUAUUUGACGCUGACUGUACCUAUAUGUGUAGAGCUCACGUUAACUUUGUUAUAUGGAAUCGGAGUGUUCAUAUCGUUGUUAAUAAUUUGAAUGUGUACCAAAACCAUUCCUAAUGCAUUUUGUUUAUUAUUUUAGACAAGACUUGGGUGAAUGCUACAAAGUUCUUUUAGCAAACGGGGUCACACUGCAUUUUUUAUAUCGUAAUUCUCGUGUAGUUUUGUAGUUUCUCGCUGAUUUUCAUCUGUUUACCAGAUUACAUCUAGCUCAACACGCAAAAUGACGCCUUUAUACGAUUCGAUCAAAGUAGCCCCAACAUUUUCCUAAGUCACCCCAUUUUUAUGAAAGGUCAUUCUUCCGCAAAUUAAUUAUUAACAGAUUCUUCUUCCUAUAAGAUGUUUACUUGAAUAAAACUAUUGAAAUGUGAAUUGCUUAUCACAAAACAUUGUUUUAGUAGUUUUAUUCAUUACCAUAGGAGUAACUCUUAUAAAAGUGACAGAAAUGUCGUGAAUACACUGGCCACAAAUAUAAUAAUACAACUGCCAAUAAUAUUAGCUAGUAUUGCAUAAGUUUAUAUUGUUUUGUGUAAAUAUACAUACAUAUAUUAAUAAUAAUAUUAGUAGCCGUGGACGUUUAAAGAAGAAGAAGAAGAAGGGAGAUUAAUUGACGAACUUGUAACGAAUUCUUAAAGAGGAUUUUUUGUAAUCCGAUUUCAUCCAAUGUCUAAUAGGGAGUAUUACUGCAAUGUUCUGCCGCCAGAGUGCAGCACUAGCACCUUUCGAAAACCAUAGAGUAACUUUUUUUUUAAACUGUCUUAUGACAAGUUUUCACAGAUAAUGAAUUAUGUCAUUGAUGCAUCAAGGCGGUUUAUUUACAAAGGGCCUACCGGGAAACGCAAAAAUCGAAAUUUAGUUAUCUGCCUCUUCAUCGCUCGAAUACGCAAGAGUGACAGAGCGGUUAGAUAAAGAAAUUUCGAUUUUCUUGUUUCGCGGUAGACCCUCAGAUUGUGAUGGAUUGUGGCAGUGGCGCCCCCUACGCAGAAUUUCGCGUAAUAUUCCCUAUUCCAGUGCCAGAUAUCAACUGGGCUGAUAUAGGGACCGUGCGCGUUGGAGGGUCUGCCAUCUUGUGGCCUGAAUCGGAACCAUACACAUGUACAUUUACACGUCACGUGUUUUCUUGUGUAUAGUAGGUUCUGCCAUCUUGUGGGCUACAUCGGAACAAUAAACAUCACAUUUACGCCUCGCGCCAAAAAUCUGACGGCACCUGUGCUGCCUCCUACAGUUCAUGCACGCUCCCAAUAUGGUUUUCCACCAGCGGCGGCCUAGCCAAAGCCUUUCACCUUUUAACCGCCGUAGUCGAUAUAAGACAUAGCUAUAUCCAGCUCAUUUCGCCGAAGUCUGAUAAAAAAGACUAAACUUACGGUUAAAAGGUUAAAGGGGCGGUGAUACUUAUCGGCGUACAUACCUAAAAGCGACAAUCGAGGUGAAGCAAAGCUUUAAUAGACAUGGGGUUAUUGUAUUAGAGAGAUAUCUUCUUUUCUUAUAACAAAAUAAGAAAAUUAAACAUACCUUUUUGAUGCAAUGGAUUGAAACCUGUCCCUUUAGGGCUUCUGGCACUGAUGUCUACUACAAGAUGAUGGAUUCUGUUACUUGACUAUUGUAAAUUAGCUUGAACCAUACAAACUAGUCCAAAUAAUGGCAUUAAUGUAAACAUUCCGGUACGUUUGUGAGGACUGCAACUUUUAAACAAUAUGAUUGUAGCCUUAUCCAUAUUAACCUAAAUACUAUUAUAAUUAUUGAAAUAUUAAUAAUAAUUGAUAUGAUAUUAUAUUUAUUGCGAUUUA